AUGACCAUGGUUACCCAAUCUACGCCUCCGACCCCGCAGACGGAUUUGAAGACGGUGGUCGAAGCUCGGACUCGGGAAUGGCAUUUCCACAUUUACUUCCUCCUACAGUCCCCGACUGAGACUUCUGCUGCCCUUGCUCUUCGUGAUGCUGUUUUGAGAUUGCGACGCGACGGCGCGUUCGUUGCUGUCCCACUAUUCAGGGUCAACGAAUUUCCUAUCGGACCACACCCAGCGGGAUCUUAUGAGAUCUGGGUUCCCGACUCCUCGUUUUCUGACGUCUUUUUCUACUUGGCGGCAAACCGAGGUAACUUAAGUGUCCUCGUACACCCAUUGACAUCGAGUCAACGUCGAGAUCAUGAGACAAGGAAUGCCUGGAUGGGUACUCCGUGGCCUAUUUACCUUGACAGCUUGCCAUCCGAUGGCGAUGUUCCUCUUCAAUAUCCCGAACUGGGUCUUGGUUGGUCCACUUCGCCGGAGCAGGAGAUAUCCUUGGAGGAAAGGUUGAGAAGGGGUGCAAAGGUUGAGGCUCUGUUAGCUGAUGACCCAGAGGCUGCGCCUGCGCCUAAGGAUUGA